GGCCCAAGACCCUGUGGCUACUGCACCAGGAAAGAAAGAAUUGAAAAUGGAGGCAGUCCACCUGCCACUCAACAAGGCUGGAUCAAAAGGAACUCCAGUAACUAUUGGCUCAAAUCAUAUUCCAAUUUACUGCAAGAACAAAGCUGUUUAUCAGUACCAUGUCACAUUUACACCAAAUGUUGAAUCCAUGUCAAUGCGCUUCGGAAUGAUGAAAGAGCACCACUUGACCACAGGAGAAGUUACAGCUUUUGAUGGUUCUAUACUCUACCUUCCCCUACAACUGAAGAAUGAGGUGGUUCUUACGAGUUUGAGAAGAACCGACAAUGAAGAAAUCAAAAUCCAAAUACAGAUGACAAAGAUAUUGCCACCCAACUCGGAGCUAUGCAUCCCACUCUACAAUGUCGUUCUCCGGAGGGUCAUGAAAAUGAUUGGAUUGAAGCCAAUCGGGAGAAAUCAUUAUAAUCCAGAAAAUGCAGUAGUUCUUGACAAACAUCGGCUGCAGGUAUGGCCAGGCUAUUCAACAUGUAUCAAACAUACAGAUGGAGGUCUGUACCUGUGUGUUGAUGUCUCCCACAAAGUCUUGCGGAACGACUCUGUGCUGGAAGUCAUGAAUAUUCUCUACCAACGAAGCAAAGAGAAAUUUAGAGAUGAAUGCACCAAAGAACUUGUUGGAAACAUCAUUAUCACCCGCUACAAUAACCGGACUUACCGCAUUGAUUCCAUUGAGUGGGACAAAUCACCCAAAGACACCUUCACCUUGAUGGAUGGCACAAAAACCACUUUUGUGGACUACUACAGCAAGCACUAUGGAAUUAUUAUUAAAGAAAUGGACCAACCUCUUCUCAUGCAUAAACCAAAAGAGCGUUCCAAGCCAGGUGGAAAGCAAGUCAUGACUGGAGAAAUCUUAAUCGUUCCUGAGCUUUCGUUCAUGACUGGGAUCCCAGAAAAUAUGAAGAAGGAUUUCAAAACAAUGAAGGACCUGACCAUGCACAUUAAUUUGAAUGGCGACCAGCACACUCUUUCAAUAAAGCAACUUUUGAAGAACAUAAGCGCUAACCCCGACAGCCAAAAAGAAGUCACCAAGUGGAACCUUGAAUUUGCCUCGGAAAUACUGCAAGUAAAGGGUAGAAUUUUGCCUCUUGAAACCAUCUGUGUCCAAACAUCGUCGUUUACAAUCGGUGCUGAUGGAUCGUGGUCCAGAGAUGUUGUGAGGGAUGCUUCAAUUAGCUCAGUCCCCCUAAAAAAAUGGGCCAUUUUCUACCCUUGCCGCUGUGCAGACCAUGCUGAAGAGUUUAUUUCAACCUUGAACAAGGUGGGUGGGCCUCUCAGGAUGCAAGUGGCUCGUCCUGUGUGUGUAGAGCUGAGGGAUGAUCGCACAGAAUCGUAUGUCAAAAGCAUCCACUCUCAGCUCACUAGUGAGCCUACUUUGCAGCUUGUAGUGUGCAUCCUGGUAGGGAACAGAGAAGAUCUCUACAGUGCCAUCAAGAAGCUCUGCUGUGUUAAAAGUCCCAUCCCAUCCCAGGUUAUCAACAUCCGGACAAUUUCCCAGCAACAGAAGUUAAGGAGUGUGGCCCAAAAAAUACUCCUGCAAGUGAACAGCAAAUUAGGAGGAGAACUUUGGACUGUCAAUGUCCCUUUGAAAAAAAUAAUGGUGGUUGGAGUUGAUGUCCACCAUGACACCAGCAAGAGUCGCCGAUCAGUCAUGGGCUUUGUUGCAAGCACAAACAACUCACUGACUCGCUGGUAUUCAAGAGUAACUUUCCAAGGACCCAAUGAAGAAAUCAUCAAUGGUUUUACAGUUUGCUUGUUGGAUGCACUGCACAAGUAUCAUGAGGUCAACCAUCACUUGCCAGAAAGGAUUGUGGUGUAUCGGGAUGGCGUGUCAGAUGGUCAACUCAAGAUGGUUGAGCAGCAUGAGAUCCCACAGCUAAUCAAAUGCUUCGAGACGUUUCCCCGCUAUGAGCCCAAGCUUGUCUUUAUUGUAGUCCAAAAGAAAAUCAGCACUACCCUCUAUUCAUGUGCUGGAAGCAGCUUUGGCGCGCCUUCACCUGGAACUGUUCUGGAUCACACACUCACCCAAAAAGACUGGGUGGACUUCUACCUGAUGGCACAUCACAUUCGCCAUGGAUGUGGACUUCCUACCCACUACAUUACCCUCUACAAUACAGCGAACCUGCUGCCUGACCAUCUGCAAAGGCUGACCUUCAAGAUGUGCCAUUUGUACUGGAACUGGCCAGGCACUAUUCGCGUUCCAGCUCCAUGCAAAUAUGCACACAAACUGGCUUACCUUUCAGGACAGUACCUCCAUUCAGAACCCUCCAUCCAGCUGGCCGACAAGCUUUUUUUCCUUUGAAACACACAAACUAUUUUCCUGCGAGUUAUUGUUAACCAGUUAUGGUGUGAAAGGAAAGAAAUGUUUGAAAAAAAUUGUUUUAAAAAAUUAAAAAACUAGAAUUAGAGUUGGAAGUCUUACUGUAGGAUUUUUGUUAUUCACUCUAACCUUAAAUGGCAUCUUACUAGCCAUGGACAGCCUCAGCAUCCGAGAUGAAUAAAGACAGGAUAGAAACUGGACGAAAUGCAUUCUUGGGGAAGCUUUUUUUCCUUUAAAACACGCAAGCUUUAUUUUCCUCUUGAAACACCAGUUAUGAUUUCAAGAAACGUGCGAGUUAUUGUUAACCAGUUAUGGUGUGAAAGGAAUGAAAAUGUUUGAAUAAAAUUGUUAAAAAGAAUUUAAAAAAUUG